UGGGUGGGUGUCAGCAGCCCACGGGGGCGCGAUCCCGGGGCCGGAGCCGCUCCCCUCGCCGGAGCGACCUCCUCCGGACCCGCCUGCCGUGAGCACCUGGCCGGGGGCGUUCGCGGGGCUUUGCGGGGUCCUGUCAGCACAGCAAAGCAGUGAGUGAGCUGCGCGGGGUGUGCUAGGGUGAUGCUGAAGGAUAACGCAAUAUAAAGCACCUAAGCAUCAAGACAGGACUGGCACAUGCAAAUAAGUAUAAUCUGGCUUUGGCUUUCAGGGGUAUUCGGGGCUUUCUGGAUAUUUAAUAGCCACUAAGUUUUGUAGGGUUUUUAGUUUGUUCACUUAGGAAUUUAGCAAUUUAGUCUCAGUAUUUAGAGAGGGGAAACAGUAAUUGCAGUACUCCCAUUUGGAGUAUGACAAAUGCAUGUCAUAGACACAUAGAACGGUUUGGGUUGACCUUCAAAGGCCUUCUAGUCCAAUCCUCCUGCAAUAAGCAGAAAUAUCUUCAACUAGAUCAGGUUGCUCAGAGCCCUGUCCAAUGUGACCUUGAAUGUUUCCAAGGAUGGGGCAUCCACAACAUCUCUUGAAACCUGUCCCAGUGUUUCACUGCUCUAGUUGCACAAAAUUUCUUCCUUAGAUCUAGUCUAAAUCUAUUCUGGGUCUAAACCCAUGUGAUUGAUGUUAGAGAACCCUGCCAAUAAGCCCUCUGAAUAGGGAGAUGUGCUUCUUAACAUUUUUUAUGCCACAGAUGUGUGUCUAUUUUAUAAAUUUUUGGAAACAUGAGCAAGGCUGAUUGUAGAGUAGCAGCCUUUUUGAGGUAGCAGUGAAAUAUUGCUCUUCCUAAACCUAGUCCUUGAGGCCAUACUGGUAAUAUGCUGCAGAUUUUUUUUUUUUUUAUUACUGUGGGAGUACUGCAGUAAAGUUUAAUUCUGUACUAUUAUGUCUGUUCCUUGAGCACAAUAUACAGGCAGAGUCUUAAACACUGAGAAAUCUGAGCACAUUGAUAGAUACCUUUGAUGUGAUUAAGACAUUCCCAGUAAAUUAUUCACCAGAUGGUACAUCAAAGGAAGUUACUCAAAUUGCUUUUCAGAGCUUCAGCUAAUCUCUGAAGUGUGUGGGCUACCAUCCAGGCUGCAGCAUUUUGCAUGAGUUGGUUGUCCUUUAUUACCUUGCCUAAAUGUGGUGAUUUGCCCUUCUCUUGUCAUCAAGCAGUACCAAAGCCUAGAAAGGAGGUCAGGAGGGAAUAGCUUUGAACAAUGUUUGCUGCCAGAUUUGGGACUCCUCAUUUUUUCUUUGUAGGAGGCCAACACUCACAGGAUAUAACCAUGUUUUGUUUCCCACUUUCUUGGCUCUUGCCCUCUACUGUCCAAUCUCUCUCUGUUGUGCCUAUUGCCUUCCUAGCUCCUCCAUGUCACAGGUACUCGGUGCUGAUGCUCCACGGUGCAGAUGAAUGCUCUACAAGAUGGACUCCAUGUUGCCUUUCUGCCCAGCUAAAAGAUGGAGAGACUUUCAACUGACCUCAGCAGGCUGAAAUGAAGAAAUGAGUCACUGAGCUCCAGUAAGUGGCCAGGACUGUGACACCCAAGAGAAGAUGAACUUUGAGCUCCGCAUGCGGGAGGGGAUCUGCAGGCUGCUGGCAGUGAGCACGCAGAGGGAGCAGCUCCUGCGCGCUGUGAAGAACCUGCUGGUGUGCAACGCUCGCAUCCGGGCCUACAGGGCACAGCUGCAGGCCCCGGGGCAGCAGCAGUCUUCAGAGAAUGGGACAAAAGACCGGACGGCAUGCAGAGCAAGGGUUGCUAUAUCAGAUAUUCGAAUACCAUUAAUGUGGAAAGGCUCUGACCACUUCAGCAAAAAAGAAAAAUCGCAGCGCUGCGCCGUGUUCUGUGUGUUCAGCAUGGGAGCUCAGGUUCUGGAUACUGAGCUGACUCUUGUGGAUGAGGCAAUCACAGAUAUCUGUUUUGAAAAUGUCACCAUAUUUGAUGAAGCAAGCCCAGAUUUCCAGGUGAAGGUUGAAGUGUAUAGCUGCUGUACAGAGGAGUCUUUAUGCAUAACAAACACUCCUAAGAAACUGGCAAAGAAACUUAAAACAUCCCUCAGCAAAGCUACAGGGAAGAAACUCAAAGCUGCACUGCAAGAAGACAGCACUGAACCCCUCUUGCCUGCUGACCCAGUCAUCCAUGGAGCAAAGUUCAGUUUGCUGGCAUACACCACUCUGGGGCUGGAAAGUGCUGAGGACAAUUUCAGGACCCACAACCUUACCAUUACAGGAAAUGAGGAAUCCUCUUUCUGGCUGCCCCUGUAUGGGAACAUGUGCUGCCGUUUAGUUGUGCAGCCCUCCUGCAUGGCCAGGGAUGUGAUGGCAGGAUUUCUAAAUCAGCAGCAAAUGGUAGGAGGUCUGACCAGCUGGAGGAGGCUGUAUUGUGUACUGAGAGGUGGCAAACUCCUUUGUUAUUACUCACCAGAAGAAAUUGAGGCUAAAGUGGAGCCAGCAUUGACAGUUUCCAUCAACAAGGAAACCAGGAUUCGAGCUGUGGAUAAGGACUCCAGCAGAAGAGCCAAUAACUUCUCUGUUAUCAACCCCGUGUCUGGAGAGGGGGUGACGCAACGUUUUGCUGCUGACAGUAGGGAUGAACUUCAUCAGUGGAUGGAGGCUUUCUGGCAGCACUUUUAUGAUCUGAGCCAGUGGAAGCAUUGUUGUGAGGAACUUAUGAAAAUUGAGAUUAUGUCACCACGGAAACCACCUUUGUUCUUGACAAAGGAAGCGACCUCCGUCUACCAUGAUAUGAGCAUUGAUUCUCCAGUGAAACCUGAGGGCUUAGCUGAUAUCAUCCAUAGGAAAAUUGAAGAGAGCGAUGGUGAGUUCCUUCUUGGCCAGCAGCAAGAGCCUGCAUCUGCCCUGUGGGCGUCACUCUUUGAUGGAGCUCAUGAGAUGACUGUUCACAAAAACACGCAUCCGGACCCCCAAAGAGAUGCUACCAGUCCCAGUGACAGCAGAGGAAAGAAAAGAAGAGCUCCACCUCCCCCCUCUGAUAAAUCACCCUACAGUGCAGAGGCCCAGGUGAACACAGAGCAGCUGGGCAAGGAGAACUGGGGGAAGCCUGACCACACACCUGCCAGCAGCUCCUCCUUUGGGUCAGUGUUAGCUACGAAGAUGCAGCAGCUGCAAACCCCCAUUGCUCCCCCUCGCAAAAUUGACCUUUGUGGGCAAAGCGGUUUAGCUGGCCUGGGGAAUCCUGCUUCUCUGCUGAGCAAGAGCAAGUCUGAAACCAAACCAGUCCCAACCCCUAGACAUAAAGGCAUCACAGAAAUACUAGACCCCAGGUCCUGGUUGCAUCCAUAGGCAUCAUAUUUAGCUUAGAGAAGUCUUUGGAAUUUAAAGUUUCUCAGCCUUCUCCUAAUACCCUUCAUUAAAAGUAGAUUUUAGCAUUUAGCUCAAGUGUUUCCUGUGAGCCAGGGCAUUACUGCUAGCUGCAGUCUCAGCUGUAGUCAUUAGUGCUCUAUCUGAAUAAUUGCACUAGAAUGGGGGGGUGGUUCUCUGUCUGGAGUAACGGUGCUAUUUCUGAAAACAAUAGUUCAGUACUUUCCUCUUGAAAAAACCACAGUGUUCAGGGUAAGCUCAGCUGUCCCCACAGCAGGGAUGUUCCAGUGCCUCCUACCAGUCCCUCAGCUUAGCCCAUCCACAGCUCCUCAGAAUACUCAAGUGGGAAUUCACACAGAUUCAGCACAGAUCUUGCAAAGCUGAUUUUCUUGGGCGCCAUGCUUGCUGCAUCGUCUCCAUCCCUUGCUGUUUAGGAAACACUGCCUAUAUGGUAAUCGAGUAUGAAAAGCUUUUGUGCUGUUCUGAAUGGCUCUGUAACUCCAUACACAUUUCUGAGGCAGUUCCCUCAAUUUAGUGUGGGAUUUCCCAAGUUCCUGCUGGUUCAUGUGCAAUUGGAAUGGACCAGAAUUAUCUGUCUUUGAGCAAGGAUAUGAUCCAUCACUGCUGGUUUAUUUUGGGCUAAGACAAGCAUUCAAAAGCAGUUGCUUGGGGUAUGUGCUCAUCUUAGGGUUGUUUUUCCUGCCAAACGUGGGUCUGUACCACAGCUCUCCUUUGUGGAGCCUCUCAGCUGUUCCUGCUGGGGAGCUGCUUUGUAAACAGGCACUGAUACUGGUAACAAACAGGGCUUUGCACCACUUGUUCCUUCUGCUGUAGCACAGAAUAAGCACUUCAGGUGGAGAUACUGAACUCUGAGAUUCUUUCAUCAGCCUGUUCACUCCUGUUUCACUUCUAUGAGAAGCACGGGUUGUUAGGGCUCCUGUGGCACCUACAAAGCAUCUACUACAUAAGAAAGAGCUGUGUUCUCUUGGAUCCACAGCUGAAUACCCAGCCAUUUCCUUGGCUGAUGCAUUUGUCUCAGAUGCUGCAACUUAUCCAAGGGCAAAGGUCUGCUUGCAGUUCUCCCUCUGGAGACUUGGUGCUCAGACCUGUGCUGAGAGGGUCAUAUCAGUGACUGUAUACAUACAGUUCAUUAUUGAUCAUUUUUCCCCCAAAAUGUGGAUGGCUCUGGGAGCUUUACCAUUUCUCCAUAAGAUACUGUGGGCAUGGUUGGUUGGUGGUUUUAUUUUAUUUAAUUUUUUGUCUUCAGCUGAGCUCUUGGCUCCACAGUUGUAAAGGUAUCUGCUGAAUUCCCUCAGUAGUUCAUUUGGGAUGGGGUUGAGAGGCAGGUUUCAUUUACAAAUCCUUUUGCAGGAUUAGAGCCCUUUGUUCUAGAAUGUCCUUGUUCAUUCUUCAUUUAAUCACGUUCCAUUUUCCCUCUGAAACAACCAUAAUCAUUCUUACAAUAAAUCAUGCUGUUACUUAAGUGGAUGGUUUGUGAAUGGCUUAUAAAUAGGAACAGAAAAACUGAAGAAAAACUACAUGAUUAUGUAAAUCAGACAGUCAACUAAGUGGACUGUGCAACUCUGAACAAGAAAUGGGAAAAAUUGGGAGGGGGAGAAGAAUAUUUUCCAAAAUGCAGCUGCAGUUUAUUUAGCUUUAAAUCUAGCCUUAAAUGUUUCUGUGCUCAGAAAGAAAAAACCACCUUUUCUUGAAACCCCCUUUAAUUUUGUAGCUGUAUUUUUAAAAAAUCUCAUAAAUAUAUAAGGAUAGAAGGCACCAUAAUGAGGAUUUAUUUUUACAUUCAACAGACCAUUGAAUUUCAACAAGCUGUUUCUCUAUUAAAUUCAGUGGCUUUGUUUUGAACUGAACAUAGGUAUUUUAACAAGGCAUUUAAUAUUAAUUUGAAGGCUUCAAGUGAUGAGAAUUCACUCAUACCUCCUGUUGCAAUACUUAAUUACCCCAGGUACAUUCUUCACUUGAUUUUCUAUUUGCAUUUCUAGCUCCACCUUAAGUUAUUUUGGUCUUUUUAUGCAUUUGAUUGCUUAUAUUGAUCUCUGUAGUAUCAGCUUUUCUAAUUGCCUGUGUGUAGUUAUAAAUCAUGAUUAUGUCCCUUUUAACCUUUUCUCUGAUGAGAGUGAAUUCCUUAACUUUCCUAUGGCAGUGGAUGUUAUCCAAGACUCCAAGCCUAAUUAAUCUUCACGUUCCCUGGAUUUCUCAUGUACAGAAGUAUUUGUAAGGGUGACAUCUGCAUUAGAUGCCACAUGUCAAUAGUGAUCCAUCAGGACUGUACAGAGCCAGAAUGUGAUGCUCUUGCUCUGAUGAAUAUCUCCCUCUCUCUUCUCAAAAACUGCAUUAUCUUUUCUUUUUUCUUUUUUU